AUGCUGUUUCCCAAGAAGAAACAGCGCCAUCAUAGUGUGGAUCUAACGCAGAAAGCUAAAGAUGAUUCCCUGUUGGCAGCAAAAUUAAUGUUCGAAAAACAUUCAGGAAAUGCAACUACAAAUAAUAAUAGUAACACUAAUCACAAUACCAUACAUGAAAUUUACGAUCAAUCAAAACAAUUAAAACAACCAAAACCGGUACGGGUAAUACAAAGUCAUAAAGUUUCCCCAAUUCGUCCUGGUAAUCUGGAUGCCAACAAUAAAAGAGAAAAACCGAAAAUUAUCGUUUCUGUGUCCCCAAUUGAGAACACUAACUCUCCUAUUAAUAGAAAGCAAAGUUCAUCUCAAGAGUCUCAUCUAUCGAAAAGGACGUCGAUAUCAUCGGCUUCAAUUAAACCCAAUGUACAGAUUAAUCAACAGAUUAAACAAAACCCGCCUAAUGCAGCUAAACAGGCCGCCGCCAAAGCUGCUGCUGCAAUUGCCCACGCAAGUUUGACAGACAUGGAACGUGAAUGGGAUCUCCCACUACUGAAGUCCCCAGAACAUUUUCACCCAAGCUCAAAUGAAAGCAAUUCUACUUCACCAUUGUAUUUAUCGAAAUCUCCAAUUUCAUUGCAGGUUAAUACAAAACCUCAGAGACCAAGCUUUUCUAAAAAGAGAAACUCAUCGGUAACAAGCAUUCAAUUGAUGAAUUUAAAAGGUAAUAUUGCACAAAGUGGUAGCCUAUCAAUAAACAAUAAGGCACUAAAGAACAGAGCUCCCUCUCAAGAAAGUAUACCGUCAUUAGCAACAUCCCCUAAUAUUAAUCAACUAUAUUCUUCUGUAUCGGUUAAUUCUUUUGACAGGAAUUCAUCCUCCAAAGCUUUUGAACCAAAACCUAUCGGUGAACCAUUGUCUAAACUUGCUGUCAAACCCGAGAACCCUACUAUCAUCUCAAAUAGCAAUGAAGACAUAUGUUCUGAUAAUGACGACUAUAUAGACCCUACGAUUGAAAAAUUAGCUUCAUUUGAAAUGAACUAUGAAAAGCCUACCCCAGUAAGCAGUAAAAAUGAUCUUCAGUGCAUGUCGUUAUCUUCUGCAUUAGAAUCAUCUUCUUCAAUCGCCUCAUUCAAUGACAAUGAUAAUUAUGAUUAUGCAGGAAGCAUUGUAUCAGAGAUAGAGAAGAAUAAAAGUGAUCACCUUGAAAAAUUCGACUCUGAUGAAACAAGUGAGUCGCCAUUAAUGAUGGUUGCGACCAAUUCUAAUAACAUCCAUCCUAUUCCAACAUCACCAUUAUUGGGAAUGUCCAAGUCAUAUUCAACAACAUCCUUUGUUACCCCAGCAACAACUGGAGAACCUGUUGAAUUUAUUACAACAUAUAGUGCAUUAAACAAAUUAAACAAUAGUGUCACAUAUCAGGGAACUUUACCUAACCUAAUUGCUAAUCAUGUUAGAAAAUCUAAAUUAGACAAAUUAAGAAAUAAAUUUUUCAAGGGGACAUCUGCUAAAAAUAAUUCAAAUGUCAACAGCAGUCAAUUAAGCAUACCUGUAUCAAGCAUAACUGAAGAUGAAGAAGGUCGAGCUGUUGUCAGAACUGCCCAAAAUCUAAGAUUUAAGACAACUAUGCGUAAAAAGGGCCAAGGAAUUGAUGAUGAUGUAACUAUUAAUGAUCAGUAUGAUGGAUUCGGUAAUCUAAUUGAUGAUCUUGGAUAUGAUUCGGAUGAUUCAAUAGACGAUACAAAAGAUAAAAACAGUUCAGAGAGUUUAAAUGCUGUAUUUUUGAAGAAGAUAAGAAAAAGAGAUAAAUUGAAAGAGAAGCUAAAGCAUACAGCUUCUUCUGUACCACUGCAUUAUUCUCAUAGUCAUAGCCAUAGCAAAAUGUUCAAUGAGGACAAGCCAUGGAAGUCACAUCAAGAUUUCAGUUUUAUUACUGAGAAUGAAAGGAAACGAUACGAGAGUAUGUGGGUUAGUAAUAGAUACUUAUACCUCGAUCUACUUCCUUGGUGGUCUAAUAUAUUCAGAAACACAGAAGGGCCAGAUAUGGAUGGUGAUGUUAGUAUACCUGACUUACCAGAAGAUGGUUUGAUUUUGAAUUUAGUAGCCAAGGAUAUUUGGGAAAGAUCAUUACUUUCCAAUGACUUACUAAACAAGAUAUACGAGUUAGUUGAUACACGGAAAGACGGUACAUUAGAUAGAAAAUCAUUUAUUGUUGGCAUGUGGUUAGUAGAUCAAUGUUUGUAUGGACGUAAAUUGCCUAAGUAUAUCGAUCAAACAGUAUGGGAAAGUGUUGAUCGAUAUCUGGUUAACGUGAUGCAUUCAGCUACACGCAAAGCCAUUGAUAAGAAUAAAAAGAGACAGAUUAAAGAAGAAAUGAAAUUAAUCAAGAAAGAACAGAAAAAUAUUCAUGCAUAG